UCAGUGCAACACAAGGUGCUACCUCCAUACGGUUUGUUACCAUUGUACACUUCCACAGACCCUCGUGUCGGUUAUAAUAACUCAAAGCGGAUAUUUAUAUUCAGCUGUUCCUGCUCUGAGCGGCACCGACAGAGACACCGGAGUCUUCUUCACUGAAGAUCGAUCCACUGCCUCAGCUUCUAGAUGGGUGAAUCCGGCUCACGCCGCUCCACCCUCGUGUCCCGCCUGCCAAUCUUCCGCCGCAGCAGCAGUAAGAGGCAGGACUCUCUCCCGUCCUCUCCCUCUUCAGGCGGACAGGGCAAUGGCGUCCACACCUCUUCACCCUCUAGCACCAACUCCAGUUCUGGCAGCACUGGGAAACGCCGGAGCCUCUUCCGCACUCCGUCCCUCAGUUUCUCAGCUAAACGGAAUAGUGAUCCACGUGUUCAGCCUAUCAACCUUAACCUCACACCCCCGCUGACCCAGAGCACUGACGCGAACGGAAAUAACCAGCAGACGAUAACGACGUCAUCGUCGACAGGCUUCAGUGAAGGCGGUGGACGCCCCAAGUCACGCCACUCGUUCGGGUUUGGCAGCCACAAGCAAAAGAAAAUCACACGCUCUCAGACUGAGGAUUUUGAAAAGGCGUCUUCUUCCUCCUCCACAGCCAAUCGUAAUGUAUUUAUAAACUGUAUCAGUGGCUCAGGGGCCAAUGAGGGCGACGACUCCGGGUUCCUCGAUGACUACAGUGGUGGCAGCAAUAACAACAAACGGUCGUCACGGAAGAAGCAGCUGCUGCCCAAAUCUUUCUCAGCUCACCACCGCUUUUCCCGCACCUCUGAUCACCACAGACCUCCAGAAGUGAAUCUGGAGCCUCCGAGCUCUACCACCAUCACUCCUGGCGCAGGAGGGCUCACCCCGGGGUCAUGGCCAGGCGAGCUGCUUGGUGCCGGCGGUGAGAGCUCACUCCAGUCCCCUAUGAUAUCAGAGGACCGAACCACUGCCAUCACUCCUUCAGAGUUCAUCCCCAUCACGGAGGAUUCUGUAUCUGAGGUGGAUGCUCUGCCAGCUCCCAGCCCUGGAUCUGGUUUAACCCCAGGACCUGUCUCUGUGCCUGGGCUGGCUGUUGACACUGCUCCACCUGAACCUCCACCUGCUCCAGAGAACUUCAGCGUGGCUGUCUCUACCUCCCAGGUUUUCUUCACUCCGGCCCAGUCCAGCGCUGAGAAACCUCUACUCCCCGACACCAGCACAGCAAACAACACAGACUAUGAGACUGCCAUUUCCCUCUCAGAGCCUGAGACAGCCGUACCCUGCCUACCUCUGCGGGAACAAUCACUGGAAGAGAGGAAGGAGAGGGAGGAGGAGAGAAAGGAAGCGAGGGCCGAGGUGUCACCAGAGGAGAGGAAGAAGGUGGCGGAGGAGAGGAAGACAGGAUACCACACAGAGACCACAAGUGAGAGCGAGGCAUGUGUGGUACGCAGCGAGGGCUGCCACUCUAACCCCGAACAGUCAGAAAGGAGGGCGAGAAACACGCGCUCUAUUCAAGAAAGAGGAAGCUUCUGCGGCUGCCACGAACCGAGGUCCUCUCAUCUGAGGAAACCACACGCAGCCUCUCUGUGCAGCAGUGUCAGCCCCUAUCAUGAGGUGAUGCGGAUGGAAAGGCGUCUUCGCUCCUCAUCGGAGGGGGCUGGUGGGCCUCGUAUCCAUGGAAACCACAGAGAUGCCCCGGGCAUGGAGGGAUGUGGUCUGCUGAAACACAGAAACAACUCUUCCUCAUCCAAAAUGGGAAGUCUGGAUGUUUUAAACAACCUGGGCUCGUCAGAGCUGGAUGAAGAUGAUCUUAUGUUGGACCUGGACCUUUCGGAUGAUCAGCGACAUCGACAUGUAUCCAGAGAAGACUCCAGCCAGUCCCUGGCCUCCUGUCUCAACCUGCUCCACUCCCCCAUGGACCCAUCAGGAGAUCGCAUCCCAGGGAGAGAAAACAAUCAAAGGGAGCCCAGCCGUCCAACCAGCCUGCUGCCUGCUGACUGGAGCUCGGGGCUGGGUUUGGGGAGGGAAGAUGAACCCUUACCACCAGGACUGGAGACUCUUCCAUUCCGACUGAUGCAGCAGGACUGUACUGCUGUCAAAACCCUGCUUUUAAGACUGAGACGGACGCUGCAGGAGAGCACAGAGACAAGUCCUGCCAGCAGCCUCCAGUCCCUACCCAUCAGCCCCUGCAGUGAGAAGUCCCUUCCAUUUAAGGAACCUGGCAGAGAGGAGGCCUUGCUGCAACAACUGAGAGAGAAAGACGAGCUGAUUCUCAGACUUCACAGUGAACUGGAGAGUGCCAAAGCUGCCCUGAAGAUGAAAGACUGCCAAAUGACUGACCGCGCAACACAGACAGAGCACAUGGGGCCAGAGACCAGUCAUCCAGGCCGGUGGUCAGGACUAGGCAGCAGCAGCCUGGCUUCAAGGGACCGAAGGGUAGCACGGGGUGUGGGGGCACCACUCGGAGGGGACCUCUGUAACCAGCACCUCCCCCACCACUAUCCACCUCUGCACGGCCGGCCUCCUGCCUCUGAACGACACGCUGCCAGGGAGGAGCGCCACUGCCAGGGAGUCUUGGCACAGCCCACAGCCCGUAACCCUGCUCCAAAUCUGGCUCCAGGCUCCUCCAACUCGUCCUGUGCCACUUCUGCAGUGUCAGCCCAAGCCUCACUUACUACUCCAGUCCAGCUUCAAGUUUCACACCCGGGCCUUGGUCCAAAUCAAUGCCUAGGCUCCGGCUCAGCAGCUCCUAACCACUCCGCAAUUCCGUCUCUGUCCUCCAGGCAGCCAGAGGGGGUGUCCUCCUCUUCUGAGUCCUUAAUUUCAGGAGGAGGAGGUGGGGUGAGUCUGUCAGGUGGGGCGAGGAGAGGAGGAGGAGAGCACCACCCCCCGAGCCAUAUCCCUCGCGCAGUUGGAGCGAGCGCCUCCUCAAGCCUCCACAGUCUCGCAAGCAGAGGGAGCCCCUCCCCAAGCGUCUCAUCGUCCAUCCAAGCCUCCCCUCCACCUGCUAAUCCUUCCCCAGCCUCCUCCUCCUCUUCCUCCUCCUCCUCUUCCAUGUUUACGGGUCGUUUAGGACAACCACCUCGAGGCCCUCUGUCUCUGCAUAGCUACAGUCGUAAAAAUGUCUUCCUCCAACAUUCCCUACAGACUGCCGAACUGCAAGCUCUGACGCAGAGAGACAGUUGAGGGCGCACACACAUUGACACCAUCCAUAUUGACUUGAGCGAGAAAAUGUGUGACUUUGUAGAGAAACUGCUGCUCCUUCGGUACAAGUUGCUUGUGUUUCACUGUCCUAGUUCUCCCUGAAUCCAUCAACCACAUGCGCUUACAAUCACGCCUGUCUCUCUUUACAAUUCAGACCAAACCUUCGCUGACAUUUUGUUCUUAGAUUUGCUCGUUUAAACACACUCAUAUGCAAGGUCACACACACACACACACACACACACACACAUCAAGCUGUGGGUAUGAAAAAGGCACUCACCCGUCUAUCAGAACUCCCACGUUGUGUCACGCUGACAGUUUAGAUGUGCUUACGCCCACAGACACACAAAGUGCACAGAGACUCGUAUCCAUGCACACAUACAGAUCACAGUCACACACACUUAGAAACACACUCUCACACAGAGACAUCAUCUGUGAUAUCUCUGCCUCACAAUCUGCACAAAUAACAGGGUGUUGAAACUGAAGGCAGAGAUGAGGUUUGUAUUUGUGUUGUUAAAGAUUUAUUUUUAUCCAUUUAUUUGAUUAUUUUUUAAAAGUGAAACCAUGUGCUGCUCAAUGAACUAUGGGGCUGCCCAUCAUUUGCGCUGGUGAAAAUACACUGUCACAUUGCCAAAUCCUACAUCAGAUCAACUCAACUCAGAUGACAAGACAUCCACAUCCACGACCCUUUUACUGCAUGCUUUUUAAAAAUUAAGGAGAAUACAGGUGAGCAUUUUAUACAGCAACAAAAGCAGGACCUGGGUGACUUUUAAAGUCUUUUAAUAACGUUUCAGUAUCAACUCUCGAGAAGGGAUUCAAACAUGCCAGAACCUCCGACCAAGACAUGAGCCUGUUGAGUGUUUUGAGAAGUAAACGUUUAUCCUUCUGCUCACAUACGCCAAUCAGCCACAACAUUAAAACCACUGACAGGUGGGACCUGCUGGUAACCCCAAAUGUCCUGUGUCCAUGCCUCGACAGCUCAGAGCCAAGUGCGGUCAACAGUGGGCCUUCUUCAGUGUCCCGUGUUGGCACCAGGGUGUUGGCAGUAGAUCCCUUGAGACCUGUGGGUUGAGAGGUGGGGCCUCCAUGGGUCAGACUUGUCUUGGCACGUCAUGUGGAUGCUCAAUUGGAUUGGGAUCUGGGGAAUUUGGAUGCCAGGUGGAUGCCUUGAGCUCUUUGUCUUGUUUCUCAGGCCAUUCCUGAGCAAUUUUUGCAGCGUGGCAUGGUGCAUUAACCUGCUGGGUGGGCCACUGCCAUGGGGAGUGCUGUUGCCAUGAGGGGUGCAUGUCAAGUGGCAUCUAUAUGAAUGUCAGGACCCAAGGUGUCCCAGGAGAACAUUGGUUUGUAACAAGAUGAUCAAUGUUAUUCACUUCACCUGUCCGUGGUUCUCAUGUUGUGGUUGAUUCGUGUGUAUAAGACAUUAGAAGUACCUUUGGCUUAACACUGGACCUGGUUUUUAUACAAGUGCAAUGUUGCAAUAUUACCCACAAUAUAUAUAAGAGAAAUGUGUAUCUGCAAUGUUAGAUUAGUACAGUACAGAAGUGAAGAGUGUCAUUCCAAAAUGAGAGGUCUGCCAUUUGAAUAAUUUGGCAUUUAUAAAGACAAAAUUACAUUUUAGUAACUCAAAAUCAAAACACAUCAGACAACGAGAAAGAAUAGAACAAGAUCUGGCACAACCAGCAUUAUGUAUUUUUUCCAAAAUGGGAAAGAAGUAUCAGUUUUUUUUGGAAUGAAGCUCUUCAAAUCUUCUUUGGGGCUGGGUAUUGAAGUGGGAUACCUACUGGUGUUUUGCUAAAUGACAGAAUCAAUAUCCAUUUUAAGGAUUUAAAAGGAAAGAUGUUUCAGAUAUUGGUGUUACAGUUAGCUGACCUGCUUUCUAUGACAGUUUUAGUGGCGCAUCAGUGGAGUAGAGUCUGAUUCUGUCUGGUGAAGCAAGCGGCAGAACAAAUGUUGCAUAGAAAGUUGUUUACUUGAUCAAAUAAUGAAAAGAAAGAUACAGAAAGCAUGAGUUUCCAAACUGCCCCAUUUGGAAAAGCAUCAGCUCUAAGGUUUUCCACUGAUACCCAGUCCUUAUGUGCUAGCCUUUUUUAUCUUCCUGAUCUCAGAUGUGUUGGCUAUCUCUUACCUAAUGAGAUGGCACUUGGUAUAGAAAGGCUAGCAAUUAUGUAGUUUUUGGACAGUAGGACUCAUACCUUUUGAUUGAGCUUUAUAUUGAAACUGCCAUGACCUGCUGAGUCGUACAUUAUUAACACUUUGGGGACAACAUGUGUCACAAUUUGAUAAGUGAGAA